AGAGUUAGAACAGCAGCUGGUGGACGAGGACGACUACUCAUGUUACAAAAAUGAAAAAGUUCACAUUCAAAGGAGUUCUAGAUGGAUUUCGACAAAGCGUUCAGCCCCAAGCCACUCGACAGGAGCAGGAGAUCCAGGAGCAACUCAAGGCCGAUCAUUUUACGUUGAAGAAGACCUUUCGACAUGGCUUCCCAUACUCGCCCACAUGCUUUGCCUUCGAUCCAGUACAAAAGCUACUAGCUAUUGGCGAUAAAUCGGGCUAUAUUCGCAUAUUGGGACGACCGGGGGUCGAUGCCCAUGCCAAACACGAGGGCGAAUCGGAGUGCGCCGUGCUGUUCGCCCAGUUCCUGGUCAAUGAGGGCGCCCUGGUCACCGUCACCGCCGAUGACACCAUACACUUGUGGAACAUUCGCCAAAAGACGCCGCGUAUUGUGCAGAGUCUGAAGUUUCAGCGAGAGCGCGUGACUUGCAUACACCUGCCCGUGGGCAGCAAAUGGCUGUACGUGGGCACCGAGAAGGGAAACAUACACGUUGUUCACAUAGAUACAUUUGCACUUAGUGGAUAUAUUAUUAACUGGAAUAAAGCAAUUGAAGUGGUUAGAACUAGUCAUCCAGGUGCUGUGAUUGCGUUAUGUGAUAAUCCAUUGGAUGCAAACAAGUUGCUUAUUGCAUUUGAGUGCGGGCUGCUUGUGUUGUGGGAUCUGAAGGCGAAAUGCGCCGAGAUACGAUGGCAGGCGGCCGAGGCGGUGAAAUCCCUGGCCUGGCACUACGAGGGCAAGUACUUUGUGUCCUCGCACACGGAUGGCUCCAUUUGCUCCUGGCCGACAAAGCCGCAGGCCAAGCCGCAAUCGCAGGUCUGUCCGCAUGCAAAAGCCAACAAGGACGGCAACGCGGAGAAGUGCAAACCAAUUUAUAAAGUUGACUUGAAGUCCAGCACAACUGGGGAAACUUUUACCAUUUUCUCGGGCGGUAUGCCCUCGGAGAAGGGCUCCAAGUCGAACUGCAUUACGGUGAUGGUGGGCAAGGCCACCACAGUGCUGGAAAUGGAGCAUGCCGUAUGCGAUUUUAUCACACUCUGCGAGAAUCCCUGGCCCUGCGAGACCCAGGAACCAUAUGCUAUUGCCGUUCUUCUGCAAUACGACUUAGUAUUAAUAGACUUAUUAACACCCGGUUUUCCAUGUUUUGAAUCGCCUUAUCCAAUGGACUUACACGAAUCACCUGUUACAUGUUGCACAUAUUUAACCGAUUGCCCAUCGGAUUUGGUUCCUGCUUUCUAUUCAGUUGGUCGCACAACGACAAGUAAAAAGAGUUGUUUUUCGGAACGCGAAUGGCCUAUUUCGGGCGGUGAAUGGUCGCCGGCAUCGUGCAGCUACUCGGAGAUCGUGAUCACCGGCCACCAGGAUGGUAGUUUAAAAUUUUGGGAUUCCGGUGCCGGUACACUACAAAUUCUAUAUAAAUUAAAAACGGCCAAGAUGUUCGAGAAGCCGCGCCAGCAUGUCGCCCAUUCGCAUCCGGAAAGCGAUAAUCCUCUUGCUGUUCAUCUCAUAUUCCUAUGCUCCGAAUCGCGUCGCCUGUGCGUGGCCGGUGCCAUGGGUCAGGUGAUGCUGUUCAAGUUCCGUAAAGUUGAGUCCACAUCGGAGGUGCUCGUUUUGGAAAUACCGAUACUCUAUGAGAAUUUUGAUGAUAUCUAUGGUACGAGUCCUGAAUGCGAUUUCCUCACCGGACAUCAAGUGCAGAAAACGGAAUCAAGUGACUCGGAUAAGACAACUGAGUGUUCGCUUAAAGUGCGUUUUGGGGCACAGCGUAAGCCACCGGGCUUCCAGUCACAAUUGGUUUGCCUCACCACCGGUCCCAAUCGCCGGAAUGUGCAGGUCACCUCGCUGUGCAUCAGCUCCAGCUAUGGCCUAAUGGCUUAUGGUACCGAAUAUGGACUUGUCAUAAUUGAUAUAAUCCAAAAAAUUUGCCUAUUGAGUGUUGCAUGCCCCGAUCUGUAUGGCGCACAUGAUCCUUACUCGCGAACACCAAAAAGUCCGAAACGUAUUGAGAAUAAAGAGGAGCAGAGCCGAUCGCCCAGCUCAGAUCAGCUGAACGAUACGACCAGUCCGGAUAGUCCAUCGCUAGAAUUUGUACCGGAGGCAGUGGAUAUGCCGGAGACCUCAGCAGCAGCGCCAAGUUCAGGAGCUGCCGGGCCAUCGACCAGUUCCCGGCCCGUAUCCCCGGAUCCGGUGAUUAAUAGCGCCCGGGAGACAUUACUAAGUGGUUCGGCGGCAUCGACGGCGGCCGCCACAGCAGCGGCCAUGAUGGCGGCGAAGAGUCCUCAGAGAGAGGAUGCAGCGGGUGCUGCAGCACCGCAGGACAGACGCAAGUCCAUGUCCUGGAAAACGUUCAAUUUGAAGCGUCAAUUAUCGAAAGUCAAUAUGAAGAUCGGCGGCUUGAAUGUCAAUACCGAUCUGGAGUCAUUGAAGAAUAGCUCUAUUUUUUAUACGCCCAAGGAGGCGUCACCCGACGGCGCCGCAGUGACCUCCCAAUUCGAAGAUACCGAACCGGUGGCCGAGGAGACAACCGAAGAGAUGGCCGAGGGGGCAGUAGCCGGGGCAGGGGCAGGGGCAGUAUCCCCCUCACCGGCGGUACGCGGCAAAUUCCGUUCAUCCACUACAGAUUCCCCGGAUGCGGAAGCCACCACCACUACUACCACUACCAAACGAGUGGAGUUUGAGCCACAGGCGGAGGUGGAGCGACCCAAUAAUUUGCCCCUUUCCGAGGCCACGCCCAUGCCCGCCCCCCAGAAGCCAGCCCGGCAAAAGUUGAAGGAGAAGACGCGCGACCAGAGACUACUCUCCGUACCAAAUAUCAAGUAUCAGCCGCGGGAUCUGCGCGGCGGUGUCCGGAUCCUCAAGAACGACGUAUCGCCGCUAAUGGGCGGCGGUGCCGGCGGUGGUGCCGCCGGUGGAAUUGGUGGCGGUGUGCCCCCAGUGGGCGGUGGAAACUCCUCCACCAGCAAGAAGAUACAUAAAUUGGAUGGAACUUUCUCCAGAUCCAGAUCAUCGUCAAUGUCCAGCAUUGAUAUGUCUUCCUCUGAAUCUGUUACCUGUUUAGCUUUUAUCGAGAGUUAUGCAAAACGAAAUGAUAUUUUGGCACUUGUUCCUACUUUAUGGAUUGGAACUAGCUUCGGUUCGAUACUGACAUUGUUCAUCACUAUGCCGGAGCGAGAUGUGCGCAAAUCUCAGCCAGUAUUGAUUACAAUUAAUGGUGGCCCUGUGGUACGACUCAAAGGAUCCAUAACUUCCAUGUCUUUUUUAGACUCAUACGGUUCGAUCAUACCCUAUACGUUUGAGACUUGGCGCGACGAGAACAAGGACAAGAAAGAUCGCACACCUACAAAGAGCAGCAGCCGCACCAGUCCCACUUUUACACCGACAACUGCCAAUACAAUAUCAAACACUUCGGUCGCCGGCGGUUCGGCGGGUGGUGCGUCCGCCGGAGCAGGUGGCGCUGGCGCCACUGGUGGAGGUGCUAGUGGUGUCGUUGGUGGUGGUGGUGCCACUGGUGGUGGGGCAUCGGCAGGAGGAGCCCAGGGCGCGACACCCAUUGGCGGUGGCAGUGGCAGCGGAGGCGUUGGAGGCGGCGGUGGCGGCGGUGGCGGAGGCGGCGCCGGCGGUAUGAGCAGUAGCAGUGCCAGUAGCAGCGGUAUCAGUGGCAGUGUCAGCACCGGCCUGGAAACCCUCACCGAUCGACAAUACAUCGUUAUCGCCAGCGAGAAGCAAACAAAAGUCUUCGAUGUGGCCAACCAGUGCUGCAUCAAUCGCAUACAAUUAUCGGAAAUGGAUUUUGCAGUCAAGGCAGAAACUAUCACGAUGAAAGAUGGCUCUUGCUUAGCAACCUAUCUUUCGAAUGGCCAUUUAAUGGUACAUAGUCUUCCUAGUCUAAAACUGUUAUUGGAUACUGAUUUCUUACCGCUUAUGGACUUAAGUUUUCAAACAAAAUGUAAACAGGGAAUUGUGGAUCCAAUGCUUUCGAUAUGGGGUCAACAGAUCAUUGUUCAUGAAGAUACAACUCAAAUAUCAAAAAUAUUUUGCUUUAGUCAUAAAGGUCAUGGAUUGUACAUGGCAUCGCCCACCGAAAUUCAAAAAUUCACGAUAUCAUCGGAAUUUUGUCAAUUUAUUUUGGAGAUGAUGGGUGAACUUUAUACGGUACACGAAAUGCCCGAACAGCCGAAGGAGGGUUUCUUCAAGGGCCUAUUUGGCGGCGGCGCCAAGCUCCUGGAUCGUGAGGAGCUUUUUGGCGAGCAGAGCGGGAAGGCUAAUAGAUCGGUGGCCCGGCACAUACCCGGACCCAAUUUGGAGCAGCUGGGCCAGAGGGCCUCGACGGCCGCCUCGGAGAUCUCCCGGGCCCAUCAGCUGGCGAUGGAGCGCGGGGAGAAGCUGAAUUUGCUGGAGGAGCGCGCCGAGCGCAUGGCCAACACUGCUCAAGAUUUCAGCGGCACUGCGCAUCAAUUAAUGCUUAAAUAUAAAGACAAGAAGUGGUAUCAGUUGUAAAAUAUCUAUUUUAGGAGCCAAUUCUACCACAGUUAUUGUAAUAUUGCUUUUAUAACACUUUCUACUACAUUACGAGUAAAGUACACUUAUUUAAUUUCUGUU